AUGUCUUCUUCAACUUCUUCUGGUAUUUAUCAUCGUAAUAUUGAAAAUGAAAAUAAUAUUAAUCAAUCUCAAUUAUCAAAAUCAGAAACAUCUCCAACAGGUGCUGGUGCACCAACAACAGAAGAUGAUGAUAUGGAACCAUUACCAUCACAACCAAGUGGUGCACAUAUGAUCGUUGAAGAAUCAACAAUACAAACAUUUAUGCAAUAUUUUGAUCGAUUAUUAAUUGGCUUAAAUCCACGUUGGCGUAAUUGGAUUAUACGAGGUAUAUUUUCAUGGGUUAUGAUACUUGGUUUUGCUAAAUUAGUAUCAAUGGGACCACUUGUUGUUUCAAUUGUUGUAUUACUUAUACAAAUAAAAUGUUUUCAAGAAAUAAUUAAUAUUGGUUAUGUUGUUUAUAAAUCACAUAAUCUACCAUGGUUUCGUACAUUAUCAUGGUAUUUUUUAUUUACAUCAAAUUAUUGGCUUUAUGGUGAAAGUUUAAUAAAUCAUUUUGGUUUUAUGAUGCAUAAACAUAAUUUUCUUCAACCACUUGUAACAUAUCAUCGUAUGAUUGGAUUUCUGUUAUAUACAAGUGGUUUUGUUGGAUUUGUAUUAAGUUUAAAAAAAACAUAUUAUCUUAAACAAUUUACUUUAUUUGGAUAUACACAUAUAACAUUAAUGAUUUUGGUUACAUCAAGUCAUCAAAUGAUACAAAAUAUUUGUGAAGGUAUGAUCUGGUUUAUUUUUCCUGUUUCAUUAAUUAUUUGUAAUGAUAUAAUGGCAUACAUGUUUGGCUUUUUCUAUGGUCGUACACCAUUAACAAAAUUAUCACCAAAAAAAACUUGGGAAGGUUUCAUUGGUGGUGGAGUAUCAACAUUAAUAUUUGGCUUUAUAGUAGCUGGUAUAUUAAGUCAUUAUCAAUUUCUUGUAUGUCCAUUAGAAUAUGAUGAUGAAAGAAUGAGUUUAGCAACAUCGUGUAUACCAAUACCAUUAUUUCAAAAAACAAUUUAUACAAUGCCAAAACCUUUUUCAUUCUUUAAACGUACAUUAGAACUUUAUCCAUUUCAAUUACAUUCAUUAAUAUUAUCAUUAUUUGCUUCAAGUAUUGGACCAUUUGGUGGCUUUUUUGCAAGUGGAUUUAAACGAGCUUUUCGCAUUAAAGAUUUUGCAGCGACAAUACCCGGUCAUGGAGGAUUUAUGGAUCGAUUUGAUUGUCAAAUCAUAAUGGCUUUAUUUACAAAUGUUUAUAUAUCAACAUUUGCACGUGUUGCUUCACCAAAUAAACUCUUACAACAAGUCUUAGCAUUAACACCUGAAAAUCGUGAAGAAUUCCUUCGUUUACUUCGUAAUCAUUUCAAAGAAUAA